GGUCUACCCGAGACCCCCUGAGCGCCAACCCUAGUCCCCCGCGCAGCCCCAUUUCCGCUCCAACAAGGUGAAAGAAACUAUCAUGAACCAGGAGAAACUUGCCACACUGCAGGCACAAGUGCGCGUUGGUGGGAAAGGAACUGCUCGCAGAAAGAAGAAGGUGGUUCAUAGAACAGCCACAGCAGAUGACAAAAAAAUUCAGUUCUCUUUAGAGAAGUUAGGGGUAAAUAAUAUCUCUGGUAUUGAAGAGGUGAAUAUGUUGACGAACCAAGGAACAGUGAUCCACGUUAACAACCCUAACGUUCAGGCAUCUCUGGCAGCAAACACGUUCACCAUUACAGGCCAUGCUGAGACAAAGCAGCUGACAGAAAUGCUACCGAGCAUCUUAAACCAGCUUGGCGCAGACAGUCUGACCAGUGUAAGGAGACUGGCUGAAGCUCUGCCCAAACAAUCUGUGGAUGGAAAAGCACCACUUGCUACUGGAGAGGAUGAUGAUGAUGAAGUUCCAGAUCUUGUGGAGAAUUUUGAUGAGGCUUCCAAGAAUGAAGCAAACUGAAUUGAGUCAACUUCUGAAGAAGAUAAAUCUUGAAGAAGUUACUGGGAGCUGCUAUUUUAUAUUAUGACUGCUUUUUAAAAUUUUGUUUAUGGAUCUGAUAAAAUCUAGAUCUCUAAUAUUUUUAAGCCCAAGCCCCUGGACACUGCAGCUCUUUUCAGUUUUUGCUUAUAUACAAUUCAUUCUUUGCAGCUAAUUAAAGCUGAAGAAGCCUGGGAAUAAAGUUUGAAACAAAGAUUAAUAAAGUUCUUUGCUUAGUA